AUGAAUAUUAAUUGUUAAUUAGCUGGAUAUCAUUAAGGUAUAUAUAUAAUGUUAAUAAAAAGAUGAACCAUUAGAAUUAUUAUGUCUUAAUACAGAAUGUAUAUCUAAAAAUAAAGUUCUAAAUUGUUUAGCUUGCGUUGAAUAAAAUCAUAGUGGUCAUUAAGUAAUUCAUUAUAAGAAAUUUAUAACUUUAUUGCAAAAAUAAGGAGCUCAAUUAUUAAAUGAAAUUGUAUAUACUUAAAUUAAAUUCAAGGAUUUUAAAUUAUAGGACUCUGCCAAUAUGCAAAAUGAUAUGUUAACUAAAAUUAGAGAAAUAAUUAAAUAAUUAACUGAAUUGUAAGAUAUUGUUAAUGAUGCUAUUAAUAAAUAAAAAGAGAUGUUGGAGAGAAAAUUACAAUAUUAUGAAUGUAUUUAUCAUUAUAAAAAAUGAAGAAUUUGCAUGUAUUUUACCAAAUUAUGAGAUAUUUAAUUAAGCAAUUAAGUUAAAUGAUUAGAAUUUAUUAUAAAAAUUAAUGACAUAAUUUCUCUCAAAGGUAGAAUAUAAUUAGAAACGAUAAGAAUUAAUAGCAAGAAAUGAUUGUAUAAUAGAUCAAUCAGAAGAAACAGAAGGUGAAAAUAUUUUAUUUAGAAAAUUGAAAGAAUUUAUUAAUUCAUUUAAAUAAGACAUAGAUAAUAAUAAUAAUUGUAUAUCAUAAAAUUCUUAAUUGAGUACUAGUUUUAAAUAAAAGAAAUAUUCUUAAACAAAUGAUGAAUUUAAAAGAUCUCAUUAGAGAAUAUCUAGCUAUAAAAGAAUGGUAUCAAUUGAAAAAUCUCCUGGAUCUCCAGAUGAUCGUAUAUCAAUAACAUAAUCUCUUAGCUAAUUUUAUUAUAAACCAAAUAGAACAAAAAAGAGAGUUGGAGAAUAAAUUUAAUUAAUUGAAACAUAAAAUACUUAUAGUACAACUUAUUAAUUUCAUCCUGAAUGCUUUGGUUAAGGAUUGUAAAUUACACCUAAAUAAGUUAAAUUAAUUACAGAUAAUGAUAAAAGAAUUGCAAUAAUUAAACCAUCUAUUUAUGGAAGUGGAUUAACUAGAGAAUAACAAAUAACAAUUAUAAUUAAAGUUUGCAGAAGUUCUAAUUAAAGAUAUCCAAUGGCAGUUGGAAUAUGUGAUUAAUCAAAAUUGUAAGAAGAUAAUUUUAUAUUUUCUGGUUCAGCUGAACAUGUUUCUGGAUCACAUAAUAAAGAUCAUGGAUGUUAUCUAUUAAAUUCUAAUGGAUAUAUCAGAUCUAUGACUGGAUAAGAUAUGUCAAAGAGUUCUCCAAAUUUAAGAUUUUAUAGUAAUUCUACUCUUGAAUUAUCUUUUAAACCAUUCCAUAAAUAAUUAAUAAUUAAAAGAGAUUAAUAAGUUUAAACUAUAAUCCCCUUAGAAUUUCAUAAGGACUAAAAACUAUUCUUUUGUGUAAGAUUAGCUGAUUUACAUGAUUGCAUAGAAAUUGUAUGA